AAGCCACAUCCAUCUGCCCUUCGAUUUGAACUUCCUGACUCACUCUAUUCCCAUCUCGACAUCUCUUCCAUACCGGUGCCUUGCCCAAACAUCCGCAUUUUAAACAUAGGAUGUACAGGAUUCCUUAUUGAUAGAGUCUCGACCCGAGGUUUGGAUCAGUUAACCAGGGUAGUCUCCAAUCUUCGUCAUCUGGAGGUCGUCAGGUCCAACGUGACCCCCUGGGAAAUGCUGAGCGGUCUCGCUGAGAUGAAGGGACUGCGACGGUUGUCGGUGUCUCUUCCUCGUAUCAUUGGCCCUGGACCUGAAUGCCUCAGUGGCGAAAUUUUCCCGCAACUUCGCACUCUGAAUGUUUUCGCCCGCUCCGUCGCGUCAUGCACUGACCUCUUCCGCUGGACUUCUCUUGAUAAAGUCACUGAGAUAUAUAUCGACUGCUCACUCCGUGACAGAGAUCCUGUGCAAACACUAGUCGAGAUGUCAUCUCUGAUUUUGUCGCAGUGCAAGCGCCUAGAAUUCCUUUGGGUACUCUCCGACCAUUCCGAUAACGGAGAAACUCCCACCGCUUGGCCACGACCUAUGUUGGAAGUCUACCAAGCUUUCCGUCAACUCAGGGUCAUCGCAUUGCAGACAUGUGUUAGCCCGACGCUCGCAGACAACGACUUGGAAGAUAUGGUAAAGGCUUGGCCACACUUGGAGGUAUUCCACCUAUUCUACGAAGAAAUUCUGUGCCCUGCAGUCCGCCUCACGUUACGAGGAGUCACUGCCCUUCUAUAUCAUUGCCCAAAACUCAAGCACUUUACCUUGACUUUCGAUGCAACCCAUGUCCCCGCUCCACUCAGCUACAACACUCUCGUGCGGAACACCGCAGUGAGGUAUAUGGGAGUCUGCGCAUCCCCCGUUUCGGAAAGUCGCAAUGUUGUUGCAUAUCUCUCCACCAUCAGGCCAUACUCGAGGGUCAUCGGUGUUGAAGUGGGGGCUACUUAUGGGUCUGCGUGGCUUUGGAUAUGUACCCAGCAUCAACAUAAGCCUGCGAUAAGGGUGGAUAUGUCGCCGGCCAAAUUAUAUCAUCUACUAACUGCUGGUACUGAAGGUGGUGGCGAUCCGGUGGAGGGUUGCAGCGGAGAGUGGUGCUGGAGAUCUCCUCGAGAUUGGUAUGAAGUUAGAAAAGUGAUGUAGGGUCGUUUAUUAGGGAACUAAUGUGACAGUGGAUUCUGAUACUAGACAGCUUCCAGACCUCAGUCUUUCCGAUGAAGUAAAUACUCCUGGUUUUCCUUUAAGUUUCUUGCGUCAGGCAAGGCGGACCAGAUGACUACUGGUUGUGCACGUCGUAUCGAUGACAAAGAACAUCGGACAUUGCUAUCUCAUCGCACUCUGGCUUUCAGACAACGAAUAGCCAGUUCAAGUGGGAA